GACGACUCGCCGGACUGGGUGACGUUGGACAACAAAGAUGGCGGCGGGAAGCAGUAACUACUGGGAAGAUCUGAGGAAGCAGGCCAGGCAGCUGGAAAACGAACUAGAUCUCAAAUUAGUUUCCUUUAGCAAACUCUGUACAAGCUACUCCCAUAGUAACUCAAGAGAGGGAAGACGCGACAGGUAUAGUUCUGAUACAACUCCACUCCUAAAUGGAUCAAGCCAGGAUCACAUGUUUGAAACCAUGGCUGUUGAGAUUGAGCAGCUCCUGACAAAGCUUACUGGCGUGAAUGACAAAAUGGCUGAGUACAGCAGUACGGCUGGGGUGACAUCAAUAAACGCAGCACUAAUGCACACAUUGCAGAGACACCGAGAUAUAUUACAGGAUUACACACAUGAAUUCCACAAAACAAAAGCUAAUUUCCAAGCAAUUCGAGAAAGAGAAGACCUCUUGGGAUCAGUGCGGAAGGAUAUUGAAUCUUACAAAACAGGCUCUGGCGUUAACAACAGGAGAACGGAGCUGUUCCUGAAAGAGCAUGAGCACCUCAGAAGCUCUGACCGUCUUAUAGAAGAAACAAUAAGCAUUGCAAUGGCUACGAAAGAAAACAUGACAUCGCAGAGGGGGUUGUUUAAAUCCAUACAAAGCCGGAUGAACACCUUGGCUAAUCGUUUUCCUGCAGUGAACAGUCUCAUCCAGAGGAUUAACCUCCGGAAGCGCCGGGAUUCGCUCAUCUUGGGAGCCGUCAUUGGCAUUUGCACUAUCUUGCUGCUACUUUACGCGUUUCAUUGAUAGCUGACAGAGACUCUGCCACAAUCCGGAAGAGCAGCGACAUCAGGGUUGGAAAAAACGUGGAAGUUGCAGUUCUGCACACACCAACUGUACAUAAGGGAGUGGGAAUAUUACAGGAAUACUUUGCAUUUUAUAUUGACAGGCUAUCGUACUGGCACCAGGCGGGUUUCAGACCAGUAGCUGUACAUAGUCAUUGUCAUCUAACCUUCUACGUACAUACUGAAUCUUGAGAUUUGUGAAAGGCUCGUCCAUGUCCGCUGUAGGAAUUGUUGAGCUGGGACCUUAAAGGACCACUAAACUUAUGUAAAAUUUAUGGUGUGUACAAUUUCCAGUUAAACUAGGGAAACAUCUCUUAUAAUGUACCAUAUGGCAGCCAUUGCAGUAAGGGUUUGUAAGAUAGCCUCAGUCACCCCCAAUAUCACUAGGGCAUAUAGUUCUUACUCCGAAUACCAGACACAUGUACAUAACCAGUUUACUAGGCACUGAUGAAACUACGAAGGCAUGCAGCACAAAAUGUCCCUCUCUCCAAGAUCCAUACGUCACAGAUUGUCAUUUGUGCAAUCCUCAUCUACUGUAUAUGUAUUUGUGGCAAUGGAGGGCCCAUACCUAGUGUAAUCGCUUUGGUUUAGUGCUCCUUUAAUGGUUAUUGCCAGGGGGUGGAAGACAUCACUUACGUACACUGUGACCAUACAGUCCGUGUUUGAGAACACUUUACAGAAGUAAAAAUGUACAGUAUAUAUCUAUACCCGUUUUAAUUUAAAAUGUGGAAAACUGGCAACAUUGCAAUUUUAAUUUAAAGUGAUGCAAUAAUAGAGCAGAACAGAAUGCAGAAAUCCAAUUUCCUUCCAAAUUCCAGUCUACAGGCCAAUUGCAGAUGCUGUUUAUGGCAGGCUGUUUUCCCCCUUUGGCGCUGCAGACACAGAUUGUCGUAAAACAGUGCAUUCUGCUGGCUCCUGGCAGCCCUGUGUGGACCUGAUUUCUCAGCUGCUGUAUUAUUGGCUUAUAAGGGCAUAUACCUGGCUUUAAUAUAUGCUGUUUUUUGCCAAAAACAGGAGUAAAUCCUAGCAAAAGACUGAAAAGCAGCGCUAAUGAAAGGAUUCUACUACUUCCCGCUAGGAUAGAUUUCUGGUUUUAGCCCCCCAAAAAAGCAGCAACAUGAAUAUUCUAUAUCACUGUGUAAGUAUGCCCUUAUGGAUGCUGUUCCAAAAUGGAGUGUAUAAAAUAAUAAUUUUUAGGCAUUUCCCUUAUAUACAAGUUUAGGGUUAUUUCAGAUGGCACAUUUUAGUGUUUGUAUUAAGGCUGCCUUACUCAGACCUCCUGCCAUUUUACAGAAGUGAACUUGUAUGACCGUGGAAAACGAUGGUGGUCCGUGCUUGCUUCAGUAAAACUACGGGAGGUCCAAGUAUUUGGGCUUUAGGUUCAUAGCACCGGUGAAAUGUAGACUGCAAAAUGCAUUUAGCGUAAAGCAGGCGUGCUCAACCUGCGGCCCUCCAGAUGUUAUAAAACUACAACCCCCACAAUGCCCUGCUGUAGGCUGUUCGGGCAUGCUGGGGGUUGUAGUUUUGCAACAGCUGGAGGGCCGCAGGUUGGGCAUGCCUGGCUUAAAGCAACAAAAACAAAUUGCACUGCAACAUAAAGUACUGUCUGUGGCUAGGAAUAUGCAAUUAUAUUUUUCCCUCAAGUUUAUAUUAUUGAUUGGCAGGCUGAGUGCAGUCAUGUGUACGCUCGCACAUUGUACCCACAUGCUAAGCACAUUUAAGCCUUUUUCUGCAGAGAGAAUUGGUCAUUGUAAGAGAGACGCAAAAGUAAUUCUAAUAGUUGGUGGUUUUUGGGGAAAAAAAAGUUGUUGUUUUUUUUAUGGUGAAAGUGAAUGCUACCCGUUUGCAAAAUCAAAUACAAUAGAGUGCUGUGUAGCUGGAACAAGGUGCUCUAGUAGACCGGCAUGCUUUUAAAUAACAUAUGAUGAAGCAACUUAUACAAUUAGCCUUGGUUAAAAAUGUCCUUCUAUUUUAUGUAUACAGCCCCUAUGCAGACCUGCAUGUCUCCAUUGCUACAGACUACAAACAAACCUAAUGUGUAAUCUGCAGUCAUGUGGAUGGACGUAUUCCGAUGUCGCUGUCAAACUGUGUUUUUAUUUUUUUUGCAAAAUCUCACACAACGUGACUAUAGCCUUACGCUAGGAUCUCUUUUGUGGGAGUUUUUUAUGCAGACUUUGUAGAAUCCAGAAACAGAAGUGAAUGCAAAGAGAAAUGUAUCAGAAUUUCUUUUUUUUUUUUUUUAUGAGGCUCAAAAUGUGUGUAAUUUCCAGUUUCCUCUGGAAGGGAGCUAAUGUGAGCACAUGCACAUGACUGCAGGUUCAGGCUACCCAGGGUUUAUUUGUAGUUGUCACUAUAAGGACACAUACAAUAGGUCCCCAUCCCCAUAAGGAGCUGCGUAUCCAACAUUAUUAAGGGUACUUUAAAUCAAGACCAAUUGCAACGUUGCUUUCUUUAUUGAUAAUUAUUUCUGUACUGUUGACUGGGGGCGCACAGAAAGUUUGCACUUCGUUUAUUCUCCCAAGAUGAAAAGUCAUUUUUUUUUAUUGUUUAAUUGCAACAGCUAAGGGGUGACUGGGAACCUCAAGGCCCCUUACAGGCGAGUGAUUGAAACAUCUGUAUGUGUUCUGGCCAGAAGAGUUUUAAAACACCUGCACGCUGAUGGAGUAAUUUAUUUGCAUUAUUGCAG